AUGAGGGGCCGCAGGGGCGACCGCAUGACCAUCAACAUCCAGGAGCACAUGGCCAUCAACGUGUGCCCUGGGCCCAUCCGGCCCAUCCGGCAGAUCUCUGACUACUUCCCCCGCCCGGGACCAGGACCCGAAGGCGGGGGCAGGGAUUUCAGGGCGGCCCCUGCCCGCCUGGCACCCCUGGCCCUGGCCCCCCCUGCAGCCCUCCUUGGGGCCACCACGCCCGAGGACGGAGCGGAGGUGGACAGCUACGACUCAGAUGAUACCACCGCCCUGGGCAUGCUGGAGUUUGACCUUCUCUACGACCAGGCCUCCUGCACUCUGCACUGCAGUAUCCUCAGGGCCAAGGGCCUCAAGCCCAUGGAUUUCAAUGGCCUGGCUGACCCCUAUGUCAAGCUACACCUGCUGCCUGGGGCCUGCAAGGCCAAUAAGCUAAAAACUAAGACUCAGAGGAACACGCUGAAUCCCGUGUGGAAUGAGGAUCUGACAUACAGUGGGAUCACGGAUGAUGACAUCACCCACAAGGUGCUCAGGAUCUCCGUCUGUGACGAGGACAAGCUGAGCCACAAUGAAUUCAUCGGGGAGAUCCGAGUACCCCUCCGCCGCCUCAAGCCUUCACAGAAGAAACAUUUUAACAUCUGCCUUGAGCGCCAGGUCCCGCUGGCUUCACCCUCCUCCAUGUCAGCGGCACUGAGGGGCAUCUCCUGUUACCUGAAGGAGCUGGAGCAGGCCGAGCAGGGGCCUGGGCUGCUGGAAGAGCGCGGGCGCAUCCUGCUGAGUCUCAGCUACAGCUCUCGGCGCCGGGGGCUGCUGGUGGGCAUCGUGCGCUGCGCCCACCUGGCUGCCAUGGAUGUCAACGGCUACUCCGACCCCUACGUCAAGACGUACCUGAGGCCUGACGUGGAUAAGAAAUCCAAGCAUAAAACGUGCGUGAAGAAGAAGACUCUUAAUCCGGAAUUUAAUGAGGACUUCUUCUACGAGAUGGAGCUCUCUGCUCUGGCCACCAAGACUCUGGAAGUCACAGUGUGGGACUACGACAUCGGCAAAUCCAACGACUUCAUCGGUGGCGUGUCCCUGGGACCUGGGGCCCGGGGUGAGGCCCGGAAGCACUGGAGUGACUGUCUGCAGCAGCCGGACGCGGCCCUGGAGCGCUGGCACACCUUGACCAGUGAGCUGCCCCCCGCCGCCGGGGCCCUGCCCUCAGCCUGA